AUGUCUGAUACUUCCCAUUCACACAAUUAUGGUACAAGAAUAAGGAACAACUCAAUCCUUAAACCAAGCGCUCGUCUUCGUCAAUCACCGCAACCAAGGCGUAUAAAACCAGUACCACAUCCAACAACAGCAGAACCAACUCCAAAUCAGUCUCACUUCCCAAUAUUUCCACUUCCAAAUGUCAUGCUACACCCUGAAGACGCCACUAGCAAGGUAUUUCAUGCUAUCGGUCGUUGCUUCCUCAGCGUGGACAAUCGCGCCAUGACGAUCAAGGACCUUGCGGAAAUGACUUUAAACUUCGGCCUCGUGUGUCAGAAUGUUUCUGCUGCGAUCACCCUCUUCUUCUUCGUCACACCCCUCUCUGGCACACCCGCUGACGACGAUCUCGUCCCUGCACUCCAUUCCCGUGUAGGAGGUGCACCCAUACAAAGGCAGCCACUCGACUCCACGUGUCCAAAUCAGAACAUCCCUCCUGGUCGCCACACAAACUUUCGUCGUGGCACAAUCGUAUGGUAUCUUUCGAAAGCUAGUGGCGUGUCCUGUCCUUUCUCUCGUGCUGGAAUUCUUCUUUCAAAUUACCCCGCUUCCACUUCAAAUAUAAAGCCUCGAAAGCAAUCUCACGAUCCAAUGGAAAAGUGCGGAGAGAAACGCAAAAGAUUCAUCUCAAGACGCUGUCGCGCCACUGACAGACUCUCAGAGAGGGCCAGUCCAUCGCCCAGCUCAAGUCCUGUAGAUAGCGGUUAUGCAGAGAGUGCCUCCAGUUCUUCUGACGAAGAAGAAGACGAACCUGAAAGACCUCCAAAAGUCAAACUUACCCUACGUCUCCGUCCCUCUCCCACUACUACAGAUCACACAGACAUCAUCGAUCUCUCCCAUGAUACAUCCUCUGACGAUGAUGUUGACAUGUCCCCAGCAGAGCCCAGUCCAGAACCAUCUUGCCUUCCACCCUACCCUCGCAGAUCAAUCGCAGUCCCAUGCUACACCCCCGUAUCCCCUCCCUCCCUUCAAUACGUAUUUCCGCCGCCACCCAUCGACCAAUCAAGAGGAAGCGCAUCACCUCCGCCAGAUUCUGACCACGAGGAGGAUAUCGAUUUUGACUUCUCAAGCGAUGAAGAGGAAUCUCGAGGUGUGAGCGUAAAAGUAGAAGACGAAGCAGAAGAUAAUAGUAUUGGCACAAGUCAAAACGUGAGGGACAUGCUAGAUGCCUGGGAGGACCUAGAUCUCAAUCGUGCGCGGUCAUAUUCAUGCCCAGGGUCUGGGCUCGCUUCGGUGGCGCGGGAAAAUGAAAGUCGGCAUGCGGUUGCUCCAGAGGUCAAGGUCGAGGAACUUGAGAUGUGGGAGUGGGAGUUUGAUAGUGGCUGGGCGGGUGCGUGUGGGGAUGUUGAAAUUAAGAAGGAAGAUGCAUCGGAGGCGCUGAAUGGAUUGUCGUUAUCGCCUACGAGUGUACCAUGGAGUGGGUUCCCGCUCUCUCCUAUGUCGCCACUCACCCCUUCUCCAACGUCCCCUGGGUCAAUAGCUCCCCUCCUCGGCCCUCGCAUGCGAAGAAAACCGUCUCUGGAGCGCAAGAACAGCGUGCUGGACUGGCAAGAUGCAGAACUGCUUGGUCCUGAUAGUGUCCACAUCGCUGAGCUCGAGCUAGAGUGGGAAAAGGGAACUCGACGGACACGAUUCGCAUCACCUGCACCCGACGCUUCCUCAUCAUCCAGUAAAGACUGCCAAAUGGCUGAUCUACAGCCUCUCCCUGAACGCAAAGACCAAGUAGUAGUAGUCCACACGUGUGUGCCGUGCGAUCCACCUGUCAGCGCUACGCAAGUCGAAGGAAUACCGGUGUAUCAAACUACGCUGCCUCUUCGCGCACCUCACACGACGCGGACACUUCUGAGGAGGCUAGACACGGAUUUCGUAAACCUUACGCCGUUGCUUGCCGCGUUUUCACCAUCGUCAUCACCCUGUGCCGCUGCGGUCCCGGCUCUUCCGCCGAGCGCUGUGCGGUUUGAGCAUCCGAAUUCGGCUGUGGCGGGUGUGUGGGUGUCGUUGGAUUGUGCGAGGGAGUUUUUGAGGACGAGUGUUCAGGCAGGUGCCCAACAAGCAGAACGGGCUUGCUCUCAAGAUGAAACACUAAGAACAAGCGUAGAGGUAUUCCUGAGCGACGAGCUUGUGAUGCGAUUCCCGAGCGCCUUGAGAGAUUUCUGGAGGGCGAGUAAGCCUGGGAGGAUGUUGGGACAGUUUGGAGUGUGUUUUGAGGGUGGGAGGGUUGUGGGGAGUCAACGCUCGUCGUCUCCUUCAUCGUUGGUGUCGGCACGGGUGUCGUCUGUAUCUCCGCCUCAGUCGACUUCGCCCCCGUCAAGGGCUGAAUCGUAUGCUCCGCCGUCUUCUUCGGAGUUGCAUCCACGUUCCUCGUCUUUGGAGUUACAUUCACAUUCAGCUUCGUCGCUACCGCCGUCGUCAUUGCCCAUGUCCGCUAGCCCCGCACUUCCCACGUCUAUACCAAGAGUCCACGAAGUAUGGAGUCUUCGGGAAGAUGCCGAGCCAGAAGCAGAAGUCGAAGCAGAGCCCGUGCUUCCUGCAUUUGAUAUUGCGCUGGCAGCGCUUGCGUCGGGGUUAGGACCGAAUGCUAGUUCUGGAAAUGGGAGUGCUUGUCUGGGGAAUGGGAUUGAUUUUGGGAGCGGUGUUGACUUUGGGAGUGCGCGCGCUAGUUUGGGGAGCGAACACACCGGUCUAGACAUUGGAAGCGGAAGUACCGGUCUCGGGGUUGGAUGCACCGAUUUUGGACCAGGAAGCGCCGAUCUCGGAAAUGGACAUGGGACUGGAAGCGGAGAGCCGCCGCUGAGUCCUACGGAGGCGGAGAUGUUUCGUGUGCUGUGCGUGUGUCCUGAUUGGGAGGAGAAGGAGGUGGGCGAGGAUGAUAUAUGGAUGGAUGGCCGGGAUCAAGACGCAGGUGAACGGGAUCAAGACGUGGACAGCGAACGUGAUCACAACACAGACAACCAAUGCGAUAAAGACACGGACGCUGACGCAGACGCAGACGGGGAUGUGGAUGUGGAGAUCGUGGAAGAGGAGCCAAGGAGUUUGAAAGAUGGUCGUUCGUUGAGGCGGUCGAAACGGGUUGCGGACGCUGUUGCUCGGACGCGUGGUGUGCGGCCCCGGAUGAGGGGGCCGAGACAUGCGUGA